GAUUACUAUAUAUUUUACGGCAGAGUAGAAAGCUUACCAUGGCUUUCAUCGGGUCUGGCGAGUUUGAGCACAAGAUCGCUCAUCUGCAGAGGCAGCUCAGCCACAAAGACCAUGAACUCAGAUCGAUCACAAAUGAGCAACUGAAGAGAGAGGAGGAACUAGCGGAGGUUAGAAAGGCGAAGGAGACUGCAGAGGAGAAGCUGCGCGAGGAAGCGGACCGGGCACUGAAGGCUAAGAACGAGCUGGAGUCCAACAAGAAGGAAAUAUUGCAGCUGAAACUACAUCUGUCAAAUCUGGAAACCAGUUUCAAGACAACCUCUGAGAAGUUGAAGAAGGAGGAGAAGGAGAGGGAGAAAGUGCAGGAUGCUUUGGAUGACGCCUUAUCACGAGGGUCUGACGGCACGGCGGACCAGAUCAGGAGUCAACAGUUGCGAAUCAAGCAGCUGGAGGACGAUGUUAAAAAGUCUGAGCAGGAAGCUGAGAGACUUCGAGCUCAGGGGUCGUCGGGGGGCUCUAACGGAUCAGACGAGCCAUUGAACAACCGAGAACGAUUCCGACUCAUGUCAUUGCAGAAUGAGAAUGCCGAGCUCAAAACCCAGCUUGAGAACAUGUCAUCGGCCAUCCCUUCGACGUCGCAAUCCUCAACACCAUCUUUCCCUGUCAAGCAAAAGUCUCGUCGCUCUCUCUCCGUGUCCGCAUGCGACAUGCGUGACCUGGAGGGCCAGGUUGAGACUCUCACAACACAACUAGCCAAUACCAAGCGCGAUCAUAACAAAGCAGUCAAUGAGAAGCUCGCAUUAGAGCACGCUACCAAGAACAAAGUCGCGAGCCUCGAGGAGGAUCUGGAGGAAGCUCGAGGAGAACUCGAAUUCUACCAUGCUUCUGAUGGGGGCAUCGAUGCCAAACAGGUGGAGGAGCUCAAGAAGGCUGCCCAACAAGUUCGUGAGGAGAAGGAGGACCUGGCAAGGAAGCUAUCGUUGAAGGAGGAGGAGGUCAAGAGACAGCUUGGAGAAAUCACGCGACUAGAGGGCGAAGCGCAUCUGCUCGAGUCUCUCAGGGCUGAGCUGGACGACGAGCGACAGGCUAGACAAGAGCUUGAAGCCGCCAAUACCGAUCAAGCCGGGUCCGAAACCAACUUCUCUCUCGAAAAGAUCAGUGCUCUUGAGGCAGAGCUGGCCAAGGUCAAAGCUGCCACCAACACAACUUCUCGUUCUGGCGAUUCCGAACUCCGCCAGGUCCGACGUGAUCUUCAAAAGGCCCUUCGUGACAGAGACUAUCUGGACUCACUUGUCAAGGAGAAUGACGAGCUGCUGGCGGAGAAGGACGAGGAGAUCUCGAGGAUGCGGGCUGCUAUCCUCAUUCCGGGGUCUCCAGUUCUCGGGGCACAGGGUGAUUCGAGCAGAGUAGCGGACUUAGAGGAGGAGAAGGCUGGCUUGUUGAUUGACCUGGAAAAGCAGGUCGAAGAUCACGCACAUGAAAUCGCAGCCAUCGAAACAAAGCUUUCUGCCACGAUGAGCGAACUUGACCAUGUCAAGGCCGCAGAGACCGAGGCACGACAAAAGUUUGAAGAGGGGCAGACCAAGAUACAUGAGCUCCAGGAUGGCCACCAGGAGGUGUCAAUGGCUCUUGAGCAAGCUCGUGCUCACCUUGCCUCCAGGGAGACCGAGGCAAAGCAGCUCACUCAACAGCUGACCGAGACUCAUUCCGCUUUGGGCGAGAAACAAGCGGCUCUCGCAUCCGCCGAGCAAGAGGCCCAAGACAUUCUCGAUCGCCUCUCAAAAGCCCAAGCCGCACUUGCUGAAAAGCAGAAAGAUUUCGAUCAAGCUCAACGGCAGCGUGAUGAUCUUCAGACUGUCCUGGACUCACGGUCUUAUGACGACGCCGAGUAUGAAGCUCUGAGAGUCAGCUUCAAACAAGCACAAGAUGCCCUCGAAGAGGUUACUCAUGGUCUAGAGACAGCGGAUUCUGAAAACAAGGAGCUCAAUGAUCGAGUAGCCGAAUCGCAAGAAGCUCAAGAAGCUGCAGAGGCACGCGCCCAAAAGAUGGAACAGGAGCUUGUGGCUUGUAGACACAAUGUUGAGUCCCUCGAAAUAAAGCUCGUGGAACUCAACGACGAGAUUGCAUCUAUCAAGAACCAGCCUCAAGAGACUGUCGCUCAAUUGGAAAGCUCAAAAGCUGAUUCCCACCAGACUGUCUCUGAGCUCGGACAAGCCAGCAGGAAGAACCACGAGCUCGAAAUCCGCAUCUCGGAGCUUGAUGCCAAGCUGCGAGAAAUCUCCCAGGGGGCGACUCUGUCUACUGCCAAGGUCGACGAGAGCAACAUCAGACAUGAGGCGUCUCUCGCGGCUGCUGAAGCUCGGGCUAUUGAGCUCGAUCAUCCAGUCAAAGAACUCCAGUCUUCACUCCGAACUGAUUCAGAAACUUCGCCCCAGAAUUCUGUCAACCUUGCCCACACGAAGGAGAUCGAGGAGAAACUUGGCCGCCUCCGUGCUGAGCGCGACGAUCUUCGCCACAAUCUCUCGUUUGUGAAGAACGAGAGCCACUUUGCUGUGCGAGCUGCAAACUCUGAGAGAGAUGAAGUUCUGGAGGAAGUCCAACGACUCAAGGACGAUCUCCGAAGAAGCCAGGUGACGUGCGAAAAGUUGGAAAAGGAGAUUGGCGAGCUUCGUAUCGCGGCACAAGACAAGCAGACUGAGCUCGAUGGAGCUUCAUCGACCUUCGCAAAUGACAAGAAACAUCUUGACGAACAUAUUGUCAACUUGAAGAACAGUCUCGCUGCUGCACAAGCAGACGCCGCAGCCCUCAACUCCAGAGUUGCCGAGCUCGAGUCAAAUCUUCAGACGCGCGAAGACGUCCUCAAACACACCGAAGCCAAAGCCGAGUCCUUGCAAACGGAGCUCACCAACGUUCUGCACCAUGUUGCGCAAAGCAGGAAGCUCAGCGAUCGUCCGGAAUCCCGUGCUUCUUCGACAGUCGCAAGCGAGGAUGGAGACUUGCCUGGAGAUCUGGCGAGCGCUGUCCCAACUGAGAGUCGAAGGUUAUCCCAUCAACGUUCUAGGUCUGGGGUCCUGCCAAAUGUGCUUACGGAGAGGACCCUGCAGGACAAGAUUGAGCGAAGAGAUGUGAGGAUUACCAAGCUCACCAAUGAUCUCCAAAAGGCUAAAUCCAACCUCGCCCUUCUCGAGUCAGCCCAGGAAGAGACCAUCGCAGAGAAUGCAGAGCUCGAAGAGGAGUGUGGUGCACUUCAUAAACAGCUGGAUACCGAAGCACAAAGCUCAGCUGAAGACGCCCGAGGUCUUGUCUUGGCGCUUGCCACCUACCGACAGCAGCUCCAUGGUGCUGAACUUCGUUGGUCUGUCGCCCAAGACGUCUUGGCUAAAGCACGGGAAGCAGCCCAGGUCCUGCGAUCUACCGCCGCCGCGGACCGAAAGGCUUCAUCUGAACAAGAGGCGCGAAUCAUGGCGCUGGAAGCCACCCAUGCAGUCACAAGCACUGCUUUGGCGACCGCCAAAUCAGAACAAGAGUCUGCUCGAGCAGAGCUUGAAAGUUCCAGAGAGGCGAACAAACAUCUCCAAACCCGCAUCGCGGAAAGUGAGCAAGCUGGUGUUGUUGCUACCGACAGUGCCGAUAGACUGGCCAAUUUGGAAUCUCGUCUUCUUGAGAAGGAAGAACGUCUGCGCGACCUCUCCACCCGAAACGACGACCUCACUGCCAAGCUUGAACACAUGCUCAAGACCGAGAAGGAGGCUCUCUCGCGGGCUGCUGGUAAGGAAGAGGAGAUCAGCGCUCUUACUGUGAGAAUUGAGGAACUGAGUCUGGGCGUUGCCGACGCCCAAUCAGCGGCAGCCUCCAUCGAAUCAGAGAAAGACCGUCUGCUUGAAGAGCUGGCUGAGGCUGAGAUGGCUUCCAGCGAAAGCUUGGCGAAUAUCGAAACCCAGAAGUCUAUUGCUCAAGAUAAAGCCAGCAAAGCCGAGGAAGAGCUUGCCAAGGUCAAUCAACAACUUGAUCAGAGAAACAGAGAACUCGCGCUGGCUAUCGCCAACUCCGAGACACUUUCUGCUGAACUUCAGGCGGAAAAGUCUCGUUCCGCUGAAAUCACCGUCAACAUCGAUCAACAGCAAAGCACAGUCGACCAGCUCCGAGCCAGAAUCUCUUCCGCUUCAGAGGCCUUCAAGAUUGUCGAAGCGGAGCGAGACGCUCUUCGCACCCAAAGGGGCGAGCUUCAAGCCCAAGUGUCAGAAGACGAAGGGACUGCACAAGCUGCCGCCCGUGCUGAAGAACGGCUCGCGGUGGAGGCCGAGAGUGCCCGAAGGAACAUCAAGGAGCUGACUGAGCUUCUCGAGAAGGCUGUGGCAGAAAAGGAGGAGUUGUCCCAGCAAUCAAAAAGUGUGGAUCAGAUCAGAGAGGCAGCCCAAAAAGAGUUGGCCGAGAGUCGCAGCGAAAUUACCAGAUUGUCAGCCGAGCGUCAUGUCAGCGAAGACAAACUCGACAAUGUCAGGGGCCGUUUGGACGAAGCGUUGCAAAGAACAAAGGCAUUGGAAGCUAGUAUAGCAUCUCUGAAAGAUGAGAAUGAGAAGCUCAAGGGCGAUCUCGCUCAGGCGAUGACUGUAUCUUCGACCCCAGUUGUUGAUGAACAGCUUGUCAUCGAAUUGAGAGAGCGAAUAGACGGCUGCUCUUACUCAAAAGAACAAGGAGGUCGACGAAGCCGACGAUCAGACUCGAGAAGCUUUCAAGGCCAAGGCCAAACUUGAGAGGAAAAUUGGCAAACUCACUCGACAACUCGAGCAGGCCCAGACGGAUGUCAACACGGCCAUGAACAAGCUCUUGAGUAGCAAACCAAUCGCUCCCUCUCCUGCCAAGCGAGCAUCUGGCCCUGUCCCCGUACCUUCCCGUACAUCCAUGCCCCCCGCGCCUACUACAGCUCAAGCAGCACCUGCCCCCGUCUCUCGAACACCCAGAGCGAUCCCUCCUAAUAUCUUUUCGCCCCUCACUGCACCUGGCUCUGGUCACAAGCGGUCUCGAGAGAACGACGAUGCGGAGGCGAUGAGGCCCGUAGAGGCCAUCAUGCUCCCGGCCUCUUCAAACAUCAUCUCCCCUCGCAAAGCCCUGGGCUCUAAAUCGAGCUUUACACCUCAGCGAGGCGGAGCUUUUGCUCCACUAAGUACCAGAUUGGGGGUGAACGGGAACGUGACGGCCGAGAAACCGGUGAUUGGGGAGAUGAAGAAGUCAGUGGACAUGGGGAGAAACAUCUUUGCAAAGCCUUCGCCCAUGACGACCGAGCCUGCCAAGCGGUCAGCUUUCCCUCUGCCCCCUUCUCGAACACCGUUUGGUACGACGGGUCGCCACGCCUCAUGAUAUGUCUUCCCUGUAGCUGUAAUCAUUAGAUACCCACGGACAAGGCUCGUUAUUUGUACUUGUAAAUAGAACCAGACGAUAAUAAUGCAAGAUU